AUGCUCCGGUGGCGGGGCCGGGCGCGGGGCGUCGCGGUGGCGGUGGCGCACGGGCUCUGUUCGGGCUCGCUGAACAUCCUGCUGAAGUUCCUGCUGGCCCGCUACCACUUCGCCUUCCUGACGCUGCUGCAGUGCCUCAGCAGCGCGGCGGCGGCGCUGGGGCUGGAGGCGCUGCGGCGGCGGGGGCUGGCGGCGCUGCCGCCCUUCGGGCUCCGCCUGGCGCGCCCCUUCGCCGCCGUGGCUGCCUUGGCCACCCUGCAGUCCACCCUCACCCUCUGGUCCCUGCGCGGCCUCAGCCUCCCCAUGUACGUCGUCUUCAAGCGCUGCCUGCCCCUCGUCACCCUCGUCACCGGCGCCCUGGUGCUCCGCGACGGCAUGCCCUCGCCCGGCGUCCUCGUCGCAGUCCUCAUCACCACCUGCGGCGCCGCCCUGGCCGGAGCUGGUGACCUGACUGGGGAUGCCAUGGGCUAUGUGACAGGUGUGCUGGCUGUGCUGAUACAUGCUGCCUACCUGGUGCUCAUUCAGAAAACCAGUGUAGACAGUGAAUAUGGACCCCUGACAGCACAGUACGCCAUUGCUGUUUCGGCCACUCCUUUUCUCAUCAUCUGCUCCUUUGCCAGCAUGGAUUCCAUCAAUGUCUGGUCCUUUCCAGGGUGGAAGGACCCUGCCAUGGUAUGCAUCUUUAUUGCCUGUGUCCUGAUUAGCUGUGCCAUGAACUUUACCACCCUUCACUGCACUUACAUUAACUCGGCUGUGACCACCAGCUUCGUAGGGGUGGUGAAGAGUAUAGCCACCAUCACGGUAGGCAUGGUGGCAUUCAAUGAUGUGGAGCCCACAAGAUUAUUUAUAGCUGGUGUUGUGGUCAAUACCUUGGGGUCUGUCAUUUACUGCGUGGCCAAGUACAUUGAGACCAGACGGCAGAGCAAUUAUGAGGACCUGGAGAAAGAAGCUAGAGAAGAGGAGGGGAAAAGGCAGGCUGGGGACCAAGCUCUGUUUGCCAUGGAGGCAGUUUCCCAGGGGAAGGGGGCCGAGGAAGCACCAGUGGAAGGAUCAGCCACAGGGGACAGCCAGAGUGGAGAGGAAGAGAAGGACAUCACUGAGAAGUCUGCCAAGGCACCUGUGCUCCAGGGAAAAUUCACCAUCACACAAGAAGUGAACAGGAGCUCGCUGAAAGAAGCCUAUCUUGGAGUAUGGAGGUUGGUGAGGGGUGCUAAUUAUAUAAAGAAGGAUUAUUUGAUAGAAAAUGAAGAGCUACCAAACCCUUAAAAAGCAGAUUUGAAAACUAUUUCUUGAGGACAGACACCUGGUUCUCUGUACAGGGGAAAGGCAGAGCAUACAUUUUACAUCAACGCUUACAAAUCCAAAUCAUGCAGGAUGACUUUACCUCAUUGUCAAAAAGCAAAAGGUCAUAGUUUGCUCAUGCUUUGGGCUUGCUUUCAGCUGCUUUCAGUACAUCACUUUAGUCCCACCUCAGCUAAGGUGUGGAGUCCUCUGCUGCAGACACAGAGAGAGAGUUGGGUAAUGGAAGUCAUGGGGUGCUUGCCCAGCAGCCUGGACUAUGAGGGACAUCAGUACCAUUGAGUUAGUCGGCAGUGCCAGUGACACAGCAGUGGCCUAGAGCUUAGCUUGUGUCUGGAGCCUUGUGAUUUUAACACAUUCGGAGGCUCUGUCAAUGUUCUUCCAUGUCUAUAUCCAUCCAAUUAUAGGUACUCUGUAUAAAUAUAUUCCUACAAUAUAGACUCCUAUUGACUGUACUUUUUUGUGCUCCUCUAUGUCAAUACAACUGCAACAGAGCUAGAGGUUGUACCAGUUAAGUUAUAUUGGCAUAAAAUCACCCUCUUAACUGAAGAAUUGAAACUCUCCAGGCUGAGACUUGGACCUGGUUUAAAUUGGGUACUUUGUGUCUUCGGUAUAAGUACUUUUGUCUUGUGGUGGUGUACAUGAAAGCAGAACCAGGUCUGAACGUCUAAGAAGCUUUGAUUAGCAAAAGAAGGAUGUUUAUCUAUGAGCUUUAACUACACAUAGCAUUUGGAAUAUUAGCUUGACUCAAGUAAAAGAGUUUGGAAAUGUUAUGUGUUGAUUGGAUUUGAGAUGGCUAUAAAAAAAUUAGGGACAAAGUGUGUGCCUUCUGUCAUCCCUCCUUGUACCCUAAAGUCAGGUGAAUCAGAGCCUGGGCUGGAACCUAGGAAUCGUCUCCAUCCAUUCUUUCAUAAGUAGAGGCUGAUAGCAGAACUGGGGACACCAACGCUCCGGAGUUCCCAGGGAUGCUUUUGCAGGACAGUGCUUCUAUAUCCUGGCCAUGUGUUGGUACAUGGCUUUGUGCGUAUGAGCCCUUGCUGUCCCUGUGCUGUGUUGUCCAGUGGAAGGAAGCGUGGAUGGGCAGGCGAGAGCUGCAGUGUGCUCCAGCAGAUCCCAUGGCUGAGCACUUGUGGGUCAGGAUGCUCAGUGCGCUCAGCACCAGGAUGUCCAUGGCUUUCAUAGUAGCAGCUCCCCAGUGCCCACACUGUCCCUGUGGGCUGUGAGGGACAGAGCUGCCUCUACCCCCAGCCACUCAAGUGCUCCUGUGGGAAGUGUGAAGCAGUCACUUCAGUGAGGCCUCUGGUGAAUGUGACAAUAUUUUGUCACACAUCUGUUUAACUGAAAGGACCAUGGAAACAAAUGUUCGAGUGUUUCUUAGCCUGGGGAUAUCCUUUUGGUAGGUGGAGGUACUUGAGUGAAACCUUUGCUCAGACUAGAGAGAGAAAAGAUUGGACACUCAGUAUUUCUCAUCCCAAAAGGGUGUCAUGGCCAUUGGGGCCGUCUUGACCAUAGACUGAAACAAGCUAUUGUUAUCUCCUGAAAAAACGAACCAAGUUUGUUGUUGUUGUAUUUAAUAUUGUUAUUGUUGUUGUUAAUAAUUAUUUAUUAUAAUUUAUUAAGCCACUGAACUGAAAAUCAAUUAUUCCCACAGCCCUAAUUAAUCUGUGCCUAGUCCAAUACUCUCUCAAGCUGAGCAGGCAGCAUUAGCUCACAGCACAUUCAGCACUGGAGUCCAAUGUGAGCAAUUUGCCCAGCAGGGAAUAUUUGCAAAACUGCUCUCUGGGGGAGCUUUAGAUUCUUGUCAAUAAAUGCAGGCAGAAACAUCAGGUGCUGUGACAGUAUGUUUUCUGAGCUAGUGCAGAAGCUGGCUGACCUGGCAUCACCCAUGGAUUUUGAAAGAGAUGUCCAUAAAGACAUUUAGGCUAAAAGCCUGUAGCUGCUGAGCUGGAGGACAGGGCAUGGAGAUCUGUACAUCACAGGUUGUGUAUAGUUUGUGUUUGAGAGUUGAGAGACGCUGGCUGGAUGCCAAAAUACAUUUACUUUCUGUACAAGCUCCAUAUGGGAUGUUUCCAAUAAAAGCACUAUUUAUUGUUUCUAGGCUAAUAUAAUAGGGCUUUUGUUAGUUUUUCAAAUGCAUCCUAGACUAAAGACACUUGUGCCUAUGAAUUAUAGUUGCUGUAUUACUGGACUCAUUAUGAUAUUGAACUGCAUUGUAAUCAUACAGAUGGCUGGAGAGAAACCCACGUUUCUGAUCUGUCCUCACUGUGCUCAGUGUUUUCUGUCCACAAAAAAUGUGGAUCUUUUUACCACCUGGAUACAAGUCUUAGAUCCUGUAGUGCACACUCCCAUGUUUGACACGUGCUGUAUGAAGCUCUUCCCCUGGACUCCUGUUUCAGGAAUUUUUCUCAGGGGGAGUAAAUGUUUUGCCACUUACUGUUGUUGAAUUAUUCUUAGGAAUCUGUGGAAAUUCAAACAGUUCUGAUUAUUGAAAAAGCUGCUGUUACAAUGUUGUACAUUUGCAUGUAUAAUCAAAAAUGUGAUUAUAUUGUAUUCUGUUUAUACGUGUAAAUUCCCUAAAUUAAAAUGGGAAUUUGGCAAAUGCAAUCCACUUUUUCAGUAACAGAUGCUGUCGCACAAUAAAAUAAAAAUACUGCCUCGUGCUGAGGUAUUUUAAUGGCAUCAGCGGAAGACUGCAGAAUGAGAUGUGGGAAUAAAAUGCAUUGCUUUCCAAAAG